AUGUACUCUAUGAUAGUGUUUAUGGCCUGCAUCGUUGUCGCGACUUGCGCGCCAUCUGGACAAAGCGAAGAAGGGCAUCGUGGACAUCUGGACUACUAUGCUCCUUUGCAUUACAGUUUCGAAUAUAAGGUACACGACGAGCAUAAAGGGGACGUCAAAUCUCAUCAUGAGACUAGGGAAGGCGACAAAGUCAAAGGAUUCUACAUGCUGAAAGAAGCCGACGGCACUGUUAGGGAAGUCUAUUACACUGCUGAUCACAAAAAUGGUUUCAACGCUGAGGUCAAACGAGUUGGACAUGCCGUACACCAAGAGGAACCCGUGUACCACCAAAAAGUAGAAGAAGAGCAAUGCCACGUGGAACAUCAUGACUAUUAUGGACCACCUCACUAUAGCUUUGAGUACAAAGUCGAUGAUGAACUUAAAGGUGAUGUUAAAUCUCAGCAUGAGACCAGAGAAGGCGACAAAGUCAAAGGAUUCUACAUGCUGAAAGAAGCUGAUGGUACAGUCAGAGAAGUCCAUUACAACGCCGAUCACAAAAACGGCUUCAACGCUGAAGUUAAAAGGGUUGGACAUGCCGUCCACCACGUACCAGUUCAUCAACACUAA